UGCAGCAGGUGAGCGUGUCAGGCGCCCAUGGUCAGGCGGUCAGAAACUUCAUAAAUGUGCGUCUUCCUGUCUGAGUCCACGUAGCUUUGCUGACCAGAGCAAUGGCCGGUCCAGAACUCCUGCUGGACUCCAGCAUUCGGAUGUGGGUGGUCGUCCCCAUCGUCUUCAUCACCUUCUUUGUUGGAGUCAUCCGCCACUACGUCACUCAGCUGCUUCACAGCGACAAGAAAAUCGACCUGGAGCAGGUCUCUGACAGCCAGGUGCUCCUGCGCAGCCGCAUCCUCAGAGAGAACGGGAAGUACAUCCCUCGACAGUCCUUUGCUAUGAGGAAGCACUACUUCAACGACGCAGAGACCGGCUUCUUUAAGAAAGUCAAGAGGAAAGUUGUCCCCAAGAACCCCAUGACAGAUACCAGCAUGGUGACGGACAUGAUGAAGGGAAACCUGACCAACGUGCUGCCAAUGAUUCUGAUCGGUGGAUGGAUCAACUGGGCCUUCUCUGGAUUUGUCAUAACGAAGGUGCCGUUCCCGCUGACUCUGAGGUUUAAGCCGAUGUUACAGAGGGGGAUCGACCUGCUCUCGCUGGACGCUUCCUGGGUGAGUUCGGCGUCCUGGUACUUCCUGAAUGUGUUCGGACUGAGGAGCAUGUACACGCUCAUCCUGGGUCAGGACAACGCUGCCGACCAGUCACGGCUCAUGCAGGAUCAGAUGACGGGUGCUGCCAUGGCGAUGCCCCCUGACCCCAACAAGGCUUUUAAGAGCGAGUGGGAGGCGCUGGAGAUCGUGGAUCACAAGUGGGCGCUGGAGAACGUGGAGGAGGAGCUCAUGUCCAGAGACCUGAACUUUGGAAGCUUCUCCAGCCAGGACCUCAAGUCCGCCAUGUUUUAGGACGACGAGGCUGAAGGUUCUGUGGCGGUUCUGGUCCAAAGUUGUCGGGACAUCCGGAUGGAGAUCCGCCGGUCAACCUUCCUCCACCGAGCCCCGACUCCUCCCCUUCGGACUGUUCAGCUGCAGGUUCUGUGAACCUCUGAAAAUGCACAGUGCAGUUGAAGCUAAUUCACUGGUUCAGCACUUCCACUUGGGUCCGAUACGAAGACUGCCCAAGCUUUCAGAACAGUUGAGGUGGCGUUGCCGCCCACCCUUUUACUGACGUUAUCCUGCAGAACAUCUGGCGUCUGACUGUUGUACAACGCUGUUAAAUAAAAACACUGGAGGCUCGA